UUGAGUGUUGUUGUCUUCCUAGGAGAAACCUGUGUUGAGGGUCUUCGAGGGGGUGGGGGGGUUGCCAAAAUCCUGGAGCCAGAAGAACAGACAGCGACGCUGAUCAACCUCCCCGCUAACAUGCUGUACCUGGAGAACAAUCCUCAGACUCAGUACAGUGAGCCGCAGUACACAAACCUGGGGCUCCUGAACAGUAUGGAUCAGCAGAUCCCAAAUGGCUCCUCAUCCACCAGCCCCUACAACACGGAUCACGCCCAGAACAGUGUCACAGCGCCCUCGCCCUAUGCACAACCGAGCUCCACCUUCGAUGCCCUGUCCCCCUCUCCUGCCAUCCCCUCCAACACAGACUACCCAGGACCCCACAGCUUCGACGUCUCAUUUCAACAGUCCAGCACUGCCAAGUCAGCCACGUGGACGUAUUCUACAGAGCUGAAGAAACUCUACUGCCAGAUAGCAAAGACCUGCCCCAUUCAGAUCAAGGUGAUGACCCCUCCACCACAGGGUGCGGUGAUACGGGCCAUGCCCGUCUAUAAGAAGGCUGAGCAUGUCACAGAGGUGGUCAAACGCUGCCCCAAUCAUGAACUGAGUCGGGAAUUCAAUGAAGGACAAAUUGCCCCUCCUAGUCAUUUGAUCCGAGUAGAGGGGAACAGCCAUGCCCAAUAUGUAGAAGACCCCAUCACAGGAAGACAGAGUGUGCUGGUACCUUAUGAACCACCACAGGUUGGCACGGAAUUCACAACGGUCUUAUACAAUUUCAUGUGUAACAGCAGCUGUGUCGGAGGGAUGAACCGCAGACCCAUUCUGAUUAUCGUCACCCUAGAAGCGAGAGAUGGGCAAGUUCUGGGCCGCCGAUGUUUUGAAGCCAGAAUCUGUGCUUGCCCAGGUCGAGACAGGAAGGCAGACGAAGACAGCAUUCGAAAGCAGCAAGUUUCAGACAGCUCAAAGAAUGGUGAUGGUACGAAGCGCCCUUUCCGACAGAACACUCAUGGCAUCCAGAUGACGUCAAUCAAGAAACGGCGCUCCCCUGAUGAUGAGCUCUUGUACUUACCGGUUAGGGGCCGUGAGACUUAUGAAAUGUUGCUGAAGAUCAAGGAGUCCCUGGAGCUCAUGCAGUACCUACCCCAGCACACCAUUGAGACCUACAGGCAGCAGCAGCAGCAGCAGCAUCAGCACCUCCUCCAAAAACAGACCUCUAUGCAGUCGCAAACCUCAUACGGCACCAGCUCGCCACCUUUGAGCAAGAUGAGCAGCAUCAACAAACUGCCUUCUGUCAGCCAGCUCAUCAACCCUCAGCAGCGCAAUGCCCUCACCCCUACGGCCAUCCCCGAUGGCAUGGGAGCCAACAGUAAGCCUUUCUUUGGGCAUCAUUUGGAGCACACUGUGUGCUGUCUGCAGAAGGGUCUGGGAUAUGACUGGGGAGUGGGGCUGGUGUGGGCAAGGGGGUAGAAUCAAGGACCAAGAGAGCCAGAUGCUGUGGGAGGCCACACAUCCUGAAGGACAUUCAUCUGGGCCACUGUGGGCACUCCUUCCACCAGCAUUGAUGGCAUCCACUGUAACUCCAUAGGGUCCUCAGUUCAUAGAUUUAGAGGUGGAUGGAAGUGACCUUAGAUGUCAUCUGGUCCAAUCCCAUUUGAUAUGU